AAAGAAAUCAAAAAUAUUAAAAAAUGGCAGAACUUUUAUCAAAAGAAAAACAAUUUUUAAAAUUAAAUGAACAAUUAAAUAAAAUGGCCAUAACAACAACAACAACAAACGGUGGUGUUGCUGGACUAGAAGGAGCCAAACCUGAAGGUCGGUUUUUAACAUUUCAAAAAUCUAAGGGACCUAGUACUCUACUAAAAAAACAAGGUGCUGGAGAUGGUAUAACAGAUAUUGUCGAUUUAAGCAAUAACAUAACAGCUGGAGGUGAAACCUAUAGGUCUUCUAAAAGACAUAAUAAUGAAACUUCCCCAACCGAAGAUACGGGCACCACGCCACAAUAUCGUCUCAAAUCCUAUAGGUGUAAUGAGACAAGUCGUUCACAAACCUAUAAUCGUGCUAGCCAGAGUCGUGUUCUACCGCCUAAUGGCAAUUCUACAUUUACUGUUAAAUAUCGUAAUCCCAAAUUUUUAGAAAGUCCGUCUUUAGAGGUUUUAGUCAAAGAAGAAAGCUCUACGUUGAAAUGUCAAAAGGAAGCAUCACGCAUUGGUAGUCUUAAUUCGGUGGCUAUUGAGGAUGGUGUUUCUACCGGAAGACGUUCUCAGAGCAGCAAUCAUACAGUAGCCUCUAAGAAGAAUAUUAGCUCGGAGGGAUUGAUCAAAUUCCUCAAAUCUAAAAUCGUAAUUCUCGAAGAAGAUCACGAACGUAUAUCCCAUGAAAUGGCCAAACAAAAGAAUUUACUAGACAAAACAUUAGAUCACACAAAAACCAUAGAACAGCAGAGAGAUCAAGCCAAUGCCAAAAACAUCUCACUAACAGAGCAGUUGGCAAAAACUGAAAAACAACUGGAAGAAACUAAUCGGCGUUUAAAGGAACGCAGCCUAGAACAAAGUGCUCAACAUAGAGAACUGGAAACGGCAAAACGUGAAUUAAAACUUUUAACACAAACUAAUAGCAACCUGGAGAAGAGACUCUUUCGAGCCAAUGAGGAAUUGGAAAAUACACGUAAAACAUUAGGCAUAAUGAAAAAUGCCGAACGAGAACAAAAGGAAGCGAUGAGAACUGAAACCGAAACGAAAGAUAAACAGAUAAAGGGCUUGAAAAAACAAAGAGCAGAUUUAUUAAAUGCCUAUAAAAAGCAAUUGUUUUUAAUUGAUAAUCUAAAAAGACAAAACAUAUGUCUGGAACAAGCGAAAAUGUUGGAUUUUAGCGAAAAAGAAUUCUGCAAAAUUCUAGAUUGGAAUGUCAAGAAAUAGAAUAAAAGAAAUGUAUUUUUAGAAAAAAACAAACUUUAAGCGUUGAAAUAUAAAAAAUGUUGUUUAUGUCUGAGAAGUGGCCUUGUAAUAAAAAUAAUAA